AAUAGUAAACAAUGAAAAUAUAACCUGUAAUAAAAAAUGAGACUAAUCAAUUUAUUAAAAACUUUGAAAAUAAGUUACACACAAACGAUACGCACUUAUACGGAUUAUACUCCAAAAGCGUUGCGUAGUUUGAAGCCAAAAUCCAACAGGCAGUAUGUACAAUAUUACGUGGACUCGUGCAGAGUCCGAGCAGUCGGAGGGAAUGGUGGCGAUGGUUGUAUAUCUUUCUUAAGUGCCUGGUGCAAGGAGCACGCGGGACCUGACGGCGGAGACGGCGGUCAUGGCGGACAUGUUAUAUUUCAGGCAUCACACACAGUAAAGAGUUUAAACCACUGCAGAUCUGUGGUGCAAGCUAAACAUGGUGGUCGUGGAGACAAUAAGGACUGUACAGGGAAGAACGCACAACAUGUAGUCAUACCAGUACCCUUAGGUACUAUAGUAAAAGACCCUCAAGGUCGUGUGCUUGGUGACCUGGAGUUGGAGGGGACGAUGUUUGUGGCUGCGCGCGGCGGCGCGGGGGGCAGGGGGAACAAGUUCUUCCUUACUUCUACACAACAAGCGCCGGAUAUCGCGGAGCUGGGCGCGGCGGGGGAGACGUGCGUGUACUCGCUGGAGGUGCGCUCCAUGGCCCACGUGGGGCUCGUGGGCUUCCCCAACGCCGGCAAGAGCACGCUGCUGCGAGCCGUCAGCAGGGCGCGCCCCGCCGUCGCGCCCUACCCCUUCACUACCAAACAACCGCAUAUUGGUAUGGUUUUAUAUGACGACUACGAGCAAGUGGCUAUCGCAGACUUGCCCGGCCUCAUUCCCGGAUCACAUAAGAACUAUGGAUUAGGUAUCCAAUUCCUUCAACAUUUAGAGAGAUGUCGAGGUCUGAUUUACUUAUUAGAUGGGGCAUCGGAUGCUCUUCAGCAGCUCCUGACCCUGCAGCAUGAGGUCCGGCAGUACAGCGCCGAGCUGGCCUCCAGGCCCAGUCUGCUCGUCCUCAACAAGAUGGACUUGGAGUCAGGACAGAAGAUGUACAAAGACUUGAAGAGAAGGCCCGAGAAAUUGUUAGGAAUUUCAGCAAAAACUGGACAAAAUGUUAAUGAGUUAUUAAAAUCUAUUAGAAAUAUGUAUGAUAAUAAUAUGUAGAUUGUUAAAUAAAUAAAUAAAUAAGUAAAA